UCGUAACAGUAGAUGCCUGGUUGCCAAGUUACCAAAUUCCAAAGUACCAACUCACCAACCACAUUCAACCACCACUCAUUUAAUAUUUCUCGUCCAAAGUUUUGCAUUUCUACAAAACAACAAAAUGGCUCUUGGUUCCGAUGCAAUUUUCCAAAAAAUGAUUGAUGGCAUUAAGGGCAAUGAGGCCAAAGCCAAAGCUGUGAACGGUGUUUUCUUAUACAAAAUCACCAAGGAUGGCAAAGUUGUCAAGGAAUGGACUUUGGACUUGAAGAAUGCUAAAGUCUACGAGGGACCUGCCCAAGGCGUUAAAGUUGAUACCACCCUUACAGUCGCCGAUGACGAUAUGGUUGAUAUUGGCUUGGGUAAGUUGAACCCACAAGCCGCUUUCAUGAAGGGCAAACUCAAGAUUGCCGGUAACAUCAUGUUGACCCAAAAAUUGGCUCCUCUAUUGCAACAAGCUAAGGCUAACUUGUAAAAUGACCACAUCACAAUCAACUCUUCGCCACCUGCUUUAGAUUUUUUAUAUAAUAUUAGAAUUAUAAUAAUUAAGUAUGAUCAAUGGUUUGUCUUGUUGUUUUCUCUACCAAAAACUAAGGGGAAUUGUAUGUAUGUUGUAUAAAAAUUAGUGAUAUUAUUCUUUCCUCCUCUGUAAAUGUGUAAUAAAUUGUAUUUUUUAUACCUACUUAAAACUCGAAAA